CCUCGUUAAGGUGCUCUGCAUUCAUGACAUUAUCAAAACAUUGUAUAACCGGGUUGCAUGGAGGAGAAAUAAUAGAAACAUUCAAAUCCUAGCAAUUUCGGAAUGUUGUCACGCAAUUCCUCUUUGGCUAUAACUAGCCUAACUAGGCGGCUUUCCAGCGUUUCAAUACACAAGAAUGCAGCUAGCCGCAAUUCUAUCCAACCAAUUUUAUCUCCGCCUCAAACAAACAUAACUAUCGCGAAUGUUCCCAACCUGGUGCUAACGUUUAGGCCUCGAGAAAUAUCUUUAGAUAUUGGCCAUACCAGAAUAAACCCAUUUAUUCCACGUAAGGAGAUUACGGAUAUACCCCUCAUCAGUAGAAUAAUUGAAAAUCCAAACGCAAAUCGCAUCAGUGAAAUAAAUGAAUCCCCCGCGUCAAUCACCAGCAUGGAUUUGCCGAUGGAUAGCAAUAAAGUGGGCGAUGGUGGCAUACAGGCGGCCCGGUUGAUAGUAAUCCGCCGUCGGAAGAUGCGCAAACACAAACUGAAGAAGCUUCGCAAGAAGAUGAAGUUCGAGUGGGCAAAGGUUCGCCAACGACGAGAGAUGCGCAAGGAAAAGGCUUUCCAGGCGGAAUUGAUCAUGCAGAUUAAAGAAGCGGAAAAAUUUUCCGCCGAAGUGUACGUCGCUGAAAAGCUGAGACGGGCAACCGAAACGCCUAUCCCUCGGUUCUGGAAGGGCAAACGUCUGCCUCAGUUUAUCAUUAAACAAAAAUUAGGAAUUGAAUAAAAUAUGUUAGUUGGAGGCGUGACUGUUGUAAAACAUGAA